AGUGGGCGUUUCCUUACAGGCCACCGUAUGAUGUCGUGGCGUUAGCAGGCUAUAACAAGUUGUUCGUGUUGUUCUGAUCUGAUUAAGCUAAACGAAGUAUUUGGUCGGAAAUAGUUUAAACGUAAGAUAUCGUUUGUGAUCAAGGAGUCAACAUGAGGCGCGCUGGUUUAGGCGAAGGGCAACCCGGCAACUAUGUCGCAAGUGGUUACAGUGUAUAUGAAGAAGAAAAUGAACAUUUACAAGAGGGUCUUCGAGCGAAAGUCACAGCCUUAAAGAGUCUGACCAUCGACAUCGGAACCGAAGUGAAGUACCAGAACAAAAUGCUGGAUGAUAUGGAUACAGACUUUGAUUCGACGGGUGGCUUGCUUGGCGCCACCAUUGGAAGAGUGAAGCAGCUCUCCAGAGGCAGCCAGGCAAAACUACUUUGCUAUAUGUUGCUUUUUUGCUGUUUUGUUUUCUUUGUCCUAUACUGGUUUAUUAAGCUGAGAUGAUAACUUAUGUAUGUACCUCCCUUCCCGUUCCAUUUGACUCCACAUUCAUUUCCAUGACAACCCACCUUUGUCUCAGGCCAAAGAUGUGAAUGGUUAUUCAGAAAGAUUGAUUUUUUUUCCAAUUACUCAAGCGAAGGACCAGGGUCGCCUUGAAUUUAUCGGACAUGUUCACCUCAUAAAUGAAGAACAUAGAUAAAUAAUAAUUACUGAAAAUAGCAAAUAUUCUGUAGAACCAAGUUGGCUGUCUAUUAAUUAAAUUAGCAUAUAGAUUAAUUAAUUGGUGCCAAUAUGUGGAAACAAUGAGAAGAUAGAUACGUCACAUUGUAAUAUCCAGGAGAAACGGAUAUGUAGGCAUGGUUAACCCUAAAGAUAGUUUUUUUAAAUUCUUUAUAACCCGGAAGUGUUUGGAUUCCAUUAUCGACGAGUUAAUUUUAAGAAAGAGGAAAUAGGAUUUUGGAACAUGUACAAACUAUUACUUUCUAUUGAUGUAUCGGUAAUUCUUUUGUCAUUUCAACAUUGUAUUUAAUUGUAAAUAAACAAUCAGUUCUCAUGGUAAUCUGUUGGUUGGUUUUGCUACGAAAGAUGACGCCAAAGAAUUAUUGCCAAAAGUUUAUUUUGAACAACUUUAGUCUGUUAAACAUUCAAACACUCAUGAGCCUUCAUACAGCAUUUGUCUUGGAUCAAAAUAACCAUUGAAAUGCAGUUAUUACAAACUAUUUAUAACAUAUUUGUAACCACAAGGUUAGAUCAUUUACCUUGGUGGACUGAACCAGUACAGGCCAAAAUUAUUUUUAUGCUUACAUUAUAUUCUGCUUUUACCUUUUCUGAUGAUCUAUCCUUUCAUUUAUGGCAGACUAGCUGGGAAGGUUUGCAUAAAUCCUAAUUGUACAACAUCAUCUUCACAUAAAGAUCGCCAGAUGUCUGACGUUCCACUCAUCAGAUUUAUUGAUGGAACAGAACCAUACAUAGAAGCACUGUCGUGGACCGGUUGCAGCUAUUCUACACAGAGAUACACUUCGUUUCAUUGCAAAUUUCUUCCAGAAUACCUCACUAAUGCAAGACAAUCAAACAUGACAAUCACAAACUGUGCUACUUCAUUGAAAAUAAACCUGGUUACACAAAUAUUUGUAAAUUGCACUUCAGUGAUUUUGUAGAAAUCCGGGUCUCGGGUAAAGAGGUAUUUGUGAUGGUGUGUCACGUCAAUGAUGAGGUCACUUAGGCAGGGUGUCCAUGUACUUGCAUAUGAUUCCCAACAUUACCUCAUCUGCCCCGCCACCAAUGGAUAUUAACCUGGAGUCUCUGUGGGAUAAAUACAACAUAUUUUUAACCGUUGGACAACAGCCGAAUUGGGUGAUUACCAAAUACACCCAUUUUUGUAUUCUUAGGAGUGUAAAACCAAAAAAAUAACGAAAGCAUUUAUUAUAUUUAGAAAACUGUCAACACUUCCAUUAGCCUUUCCAUGUCUAUUAAUAUAUAUUAUAUUUAGGCUCCAUCGGCAUCCAGAACAUGUUUUUCUUUCUCCUUUAGGCCUAAUGGUACAAAUGGUCAUUUAAAUUUGGGGUUUGGUGUGGUUUCAGUGUUAGGAUCUAGGCACCCUGCUAUUGGUGGAAAAUUGGACACCAAUUUGUGACCAAUCACAAUGCCUCUGGCAGGUAUUGGUUCUGCCCGCUGUAGUUUCACUUUGUGGGUUCUACCACUAACCCUGAUGAAACUGGAGGUUCAACUUCUGGUUUUGCUAGCCAAACAGCCCCAGACUAUAUUAAUACCCAAUCAAUAGAU